AUGGACAGCGAUAGUGUUGAUGAUUUUGUGUUUCCAUCAACAGACCCAAACUCAAUAAUUUUAAUAAUUUGUUCUUCAGGCUCAACAGGUUUUCAAAAAGGAGUCUGUAAGUCACAUAAGCAUGUCAUUCAAUACUUCUUUCCAUAUUUCAAUCAAAAUACUGACAAGCCAUUUGUUGUCCUUCAAAGUUCCUACAUAUUCUGGUUUAGUGGGAUUUACUUUAUUAUUGUUGGUGCGCUGUAUAAGUGUGUCAGAAUAAUAUCAAUAAAACCUAUAGAACCUCAAUCUGUUGUGGACAUAAUUCAAGACUAUAAAGUUAAUUCACUCAUGAUUGCUCCUUAUGCUGUCUCGAAAAUCUUGCAAAUCCAAAAUUUGAAGCGACUUGACAGUAUAACAGAGCUUGUUAUUGCUGGAUCAGCUGCAUCGAAGGAUAUUCAAAAUAAUAUUCAGAAGUUUAUUCCAAAUGGCAUUGUCUGUAAUGCUUAUGGAUGUUCAGAAGAAAAUUAUUUGACAAUCAACAAAAAUGUUUUGAAAUAUGGAAGUUGUGGACUUCCAGUUGACAAUACAGAAUUGAUGGUUGUUGACGACGAUUUUAAAAACCUCGGACCAAACGAAAAAGGCGAAAUUUGUUCCAGACUUUCAAUUCAAUUUUCUGGAUAUUUUGAUGAGCCAGAAAAGACACAAGAAGCAUUCGAAGGCGACUGGUUCAAAACUGGUGACAUUGGGUACUUUGAUGAUGAUGGCUAUCUCUACAUCGUUGACAGAAAGAAGGAACUCUUAAAAUACAAUAAUUAUCAAGUCACACCAUCAGAAAUUGAAGCAGUCAUUAAUGAAAUUAAAGGAAUUGUGAAUAGCAGCGUUGUUGGUGUUUAUGAUGCAAAUGAAGGCAACGACAUCAUUCAUGCUUUUGUAAUUGUUGAUGAAUCAAGCAAUUUGGCUGAAAAUGUGAUUCUCGAGCAAGUUAAUGGGAAGCAUGAUAACAAAAGUGCAUAUGAUGAGAUGUCGGUAGAGCAAUGUGAGUUUAAUGAUGGGAAAUAG